UUGCACCUCCUAGAAGAGGAAAAUGUCAUCUUUCAACUUCCGGUUUCUCUUGCUAAAUCGAACAGUGAUCUUCUGAUUCAAUAUGGCGUCGAAACGAUGUUUAGUUAGCGCUGCAGUAAUUAUAAUGACUGAGGAUGAAGACUUUGACUUGCCAGAUGAAGAAUUUUCAUUUGUUACACUAUUUGCGGCUUGCAGUGAUAUACAGGAGCAAAGAAAACGAUAUAAAGUGGAACGCUUUGUGCAAGAUGUUGUUUCAAGAUAUUCCUUAAACACAUUCAAGACCUUCUUUCGUGUUUCAAAAACUACAUUCGAAGCUAUAUUGGAAAAUAUUCAGCAUAUUCCAGAACUACUACUAAGAGAACCAGCUGCUGGACGACCUCAAAUUUCACAUGAAAAAGAUUUACUGAUGAUGCUGUGGUACAUAGGAUCACAAGAAACAAUUCGGUCAAUUGCAGAUCGAUUUAAUGUAUCUGAAUCGACAUUCCAUUCCCACAACAGAAGGUUGUUAGAUGUUUUCCAAAAAUACUUUCUUCAAAAAUUUGUGAUUUGGCCAAAUGAUGUGCAGACUGUAAACAAUGAAUUUGAGAUAAAAAAGAACUUCCCUGGUGUGAUUGGAGCAAUCGACUCUACACAUAUACGCAUAAAACCCCCUAGUGGACAUUCAAAUGAUUAUUUCAAUAGGAAAAAAUUUCACUCUGUCAUUCUUCAAGCAGUGUGCAGAGGAGAUAAAAGAUUUACAGACAUUUUUUGUGGAUGGCCAGGACGAGUGCAUGAUGCUCGUGUUUUUCAAAAUUCUCCAUUGAGGCAAAGAGGCCCAAUUCUUUGUGGUCAGUGCCAUUUGUUAGGUGAUGGGGCAUAUCCGUGCAAGCGGUGGCUGAUUACUCCAUACAGAAAUAGAGGAAACCUUACUAGGGAUCAAAUUAAGUUCAACCAGAUUUUAUCAAGUACCAGAGUAAUCAUCGAAAAUUCAUUCGGCAUAUUGAAAGGCAGAUUUCGGCGUCUCCAAUUUGUUGAAAUGAAUGACAUUUCUUAUGUUGUCAAGGCUAUUAUAACAGCUUGCAUCCUACAUAACAUUUGUAUCCUGAACCAAGACGAACUUGAUGAGCAUUUUGACAAUGACCCUCAGCAGGUUCCUUUAAUUAUUCCAAUGUUUGAAAAUGAUGCAGAAGGACAGUUAAAGAGACAAUUACUUACACGACAGUUGGCUAUCACCUAAAAUCUGCAUGUAUCGGUACUUAAAAUUAACCAUAUAUAUGUCAAAGAAAUCAGUUUGGCAAUGAAAAUUUGGUAUAGAAACGUUGUGUUAGAAAUUUUUUCUGAAUCAUUUUCACACAUUGGAUUAAUUAAUGGAACAAACCGAAGUGUAUUCAUCUUUUAAAAUAAAGCAAUGCAUAUCUUAUUCAUGUAAAAAACUGUUUUAUUAUAUAAAAAACAUAUAAUAAAUGUAUUAU